GCAUUGGCCGGUAAAGCAACAGCAACUUGUAAUACACUAGGAAGGGCGGUGCUUUAAAACGUUCUUUCCAAAAGAAAUGCGCAGCGCCGAGGGGGCGGGAUAUUUUAGCUGGCGGGGAGAUUCGGUUGAAAUCAGUAAAACCGAGAGCUCUGGAGCCGAACCACCGAUCAUCUUCUGAAGAUAAUAAAAAUAACAAUCCCACUAAAAAAUAAAAUAUGCAUUUUAAUUGUUUUUCAGAGACAAACUGGUAAAAGGCGAUCCUGAGUGUCAUCCAAAACACUGCUUUAAACUAAAUGAUCCCCGGGCUUGCGUAGCUGAGGCUUCAGCGGUAAAAGCCUGAGAAACGGGAAGACUGGGCUGUUUGUUAUCGUCGUUAAGUGCAUUGCUACAACCAUAAUGUUUUGGUGGACCGAGAAGUUUUUCCAUCACCUUCUUUGAGAGAAUCGUUUGAGUUGCUACAAUGGAAGAGAUGGAGAUAGACCUGCAGCUGGGGGGAACAGAGACAGUGUCGCACCAAGUGGAGCAGGGUGGCUGGAACAAUGUGUUCCCGAUAAUCAUUCCUGAAUCAGAAAGCGACAUAGAGGAAGAGGAGCGGCCCCGUAGCCCCCCUCUUCUGAAUCCCCAGCCCGUACCCAUUCUGAGGGGGCUGCUGCAGGGGGUCACCAGCUCUGUGGUCGAGCCAGCACGACAGGGGACUGUAACGAGGAGGAGACGGGCAACACGGGCGCAAAGCCAGGCCACUCGCACCUCCGCAAGGUCCAGAUGGCCCCUCACAGCAGGAAGUGCCAGGCAGGCCUCCGCGAUGGAGAGCUUCUUCCAGCCGAGCCGCAGCCAGACUGUGCAGCUGCCUUACACCGGCUCGCUGGUGCACAUUGUGGGGGACUCGGCCACAGUGAGCGUCACUGACCCGGGUUCAGGGAACACCACGGAGCAGAGUGACUCUGAGGAGAGCCUGACUGACCUGGAGGAGGCUGCAGCACCCACGGCCCCCAUCGUGCCCGCUGCCUCUCUCACGACAGGUCUUGCAGAAGGCAGUGCUGAGACGGUAGGGUCUGUGCAGAGGGAUGUAGAUGGUCCUCCCCAAGACUCUGAGUCAAGCUCUCCUGUUAAAAUUUGUGGGCCAAAAGAGAUGCCCAGUGCCCCCACUGCACCCCUCAAUGGUCCUGGGGAGGAAGAGGGCGAUACCUGUUCAAUCUGUUUCGAACCCUGGACCAAUGCAGGGGAGCACCGCCUCUCGACCCUGCGCUGUGGUCACCUCUUCGGGUUCACCUGCAUCGACCGCUGGCUUCGGGGGCAGGGGGGCAAGUGUCCGCAGUGCAAUAAGAAGGCAAAGCGCACGGAUAUUGUGGUGCUGUACGCUCGCACGUUAAAGGCCCUUGAUACCAGUGAGCAGGAGAGGAUGAAAAGCCUUCUGGAGCGCGAGCAAGCCUUGCGGAGGAAGUCUGAGCUGGAGUCGGCGCAGUGCAGGCUGCAGCUCCAGGUGUUGACAGAUGAGUGCGGGCGACUGCGCAAGCAACUUCAGGAGUUGAAGGUGUUGAUGUCCCAGCAGGGCUGUAGCUCCUCUCAAUCGAGUAGCUCCCGCACCGCCCUCUCGCAGGGCUCCAGCCAGGCCCGGGGGGGGCGCUACACUUUCAACAAGGCUGUGAUGGUGUCCCAGACAGGGAACUGCCGCGUACUGUCCUACUGCGAGCCUCUCAGCUGCCUACUGGCCUCCCAGCCCUCCCCACAAGCAACACUGGUACCAGGCUGCGGCGUUAAGAAGAUCAGUGCAGUCAGCAUGAAGGCGUGUCAGUACGUACCCAUCCACGCCAAGCAGAUCCGUGGCCUGGCCUUCAGCAACCAGGCAGACAGUCUAAUGCUCUCUGCAGCGCUGGACAGCACCAUCAAACUGACCAGCCUCCUGACAAACACGGUAGUGCAGACCUACAACACAGGCCGCCCCGUCUGGAGCUGCUGCUGGUGCCUGGAUGAUCCCAAUUAUAUCUACGCUGGGUUGAACAACGGCUCUAUCCUGGUGUACGACACACGGGACACCAGCACAUAUGUGCAAGAGCUCGCGCCCCUUGGGUCCAGGUGCCCUGUGGCCUCCCUGUCCUAUCUCCCACGUGCCACCUCGGCUGCUUUCCCCUGUGGGGGGCUGAUCGCUGGGACCCUGGAGGGGGGCAGCUUCUGGGAGCGGAAGGACGGGACGACCUACGGAGCCCACCUCCUCCCGCUGGAGACAGGCGGCUGCACAGACAUCCAGGUGGAACCAGCCAGCCGGCACUGUCUCGUCACCUACAGGCCAGGCAAGUCAAACCCCUCCCUGCGAUGUGUGCUGAUGGAGCUCAGCAGGGGGCGCCAGAUAAACUCGUCUGAGGACCCUCCAUGUACCUGCCACCCCGUCCAGUCCUUCAAUGCCGGCUCCUCCUGCAAGUUGCUCACCAAGAACGCUGUGUUUGAGAGCCCGGCACGCGACGGGGCCAUGCUGGUGUGUGCAGGAGACGAGGCUUCCAACUCUGCUAUGCUGUGGGAUGCCGGCCGUGGUUCUCUGCUUCAGAAACUGCAGGCUGACCAGCCAGUGCUGGACAUUAGCCCCUUCGAGGUGAACCAGAGCAGCUACCUGGCCUUGCUCACGGAGAAGAUGGUGAAGAUCUACAAGUGGGAUUGAGAUAAAGAACUGCAUGGAGUAGAGUGAGGGAAUGGGGGAGUCCUUUAACAUAACACCACAACACGGCUUCUGGAAGUACUGUACUUGACACAAGGCAGUGGUUGCUGUCACAUGAUUUGGGGGAAGGGGCAUUCUAUCUGAAUGGGAGCACACUUUCCAUUUGGGGUCCCCAUAGAAAUAAAAACUAGAGACCCAACGAGAAUUGAGAAAAGCAUCAAACCAAAUACGCCAUGGAGUUGUGGGUUCCCAAUAAUUAUGACUUUGUGAUCUUCAGUAUGAAUAGGGUCUUGGGAUUACCGUAGUUUUAACUGGAGUAGAGUCCCCACUAUGAAUUGGGACAAAUGAGGGGAAUGCCUAUCAGGCUGAAGGUGUAAUAUUGGGGUGUGUGUUGAUUCCAUCAUACACAGGAUGGUGAGGCAUGGGUAUCUGCAUGAACACGGACGAGUGGUGACCACUGUACAGGCAUCAGUGAAGAUUGAAGUUUUCUUUUAAUUUAGAAAUGAUCCCGAAUAGCUCAGAGAGCACGAACAUCUAAUUUCCAGUAGGCAUUUCUUCCUGUUGUUUCUUUUACAACUAUCACUUUUAUUUAAUCAAAUAUUUGUCCACUUGGAUUUGUCUGAGCCCUUAGUAGCUGUCCCAGUUGUACCCACUCAAAAUCUCACAAUACAGUUUUCAAUACUCUGCAUCAUCUUUGUUUUGUGCCUGAAAUGAAAUGCUGAAAUCAAUUCACAUGGAAAGAGGAAGACUGGAUUACUAUUUGCCUGAGCAACUAGGCACGAAGGGCUGAAUUUAUCAAGAUAUUUACAUAAUGCAUUUUGCACCUUUUUUAAAAAAAGAAUAUAUAUAUAUAAUACAGUAAACUAAUUGGGGCUAGGGGAUGUUCUGAUAAUCUGAUUACAACUGAAACGUUAAUGACUUUCCUUAUCAAAAAACAUCCUAAAGACAUAAUACAAACCCUUUACCCCGACGACUGGCCUACUCGUGCAUUUCCUAUGAUAACAGGGCAGGAGAGCACUGCACACGAGACAGGUUAACAAGUGGCUGUUUGGAAAGCGGAGGUGUUCGGAUAAACAAAGUUUGAAAACUGAAAUUUGACUAAUUCUGUCAAUGUUUCCCCACUAAUAACAAUUAGCCUAGGCAUGCUUUCUAGUGACUUGGUAUUCCAUUAAGUUUGUUUAGUUACUUUAUCAGUUUUAUUUUCCUGUCACUAAAAGUGCAAAUUGCAUUUUGGCUUAGACUUGGAUCAAGCUGGCCUUAUAUUCAGGUUAAGUCACUAGCAGCUUAACCUUAAACAUAAGCCUAUUUUUAAAAACUUGAGAUUGUCUUUGCUUUUGUGUUUCAAUUUAAAUCUACAAUGCCCUGCAUUUGUGUUCAGUUUUCUUCUGAAUGAUUCCUUGUUGACUGACAACAUUCUUCCACAAAUUUUACCUUCAUGUGGAUACAGUACUUGUUGGCUGCCCUGUUUAUUUACAUUCAGGGUCUCCAAUCCUGGUCCUGGAGGGCCGGUGUCCCUCCUGGUUGUUGUUCCACCUGUACCCUAAAUUACUUAAUUGGACCAAUGAAGUGCUUAUUAGAUGCUUAAUUGGUCAAAUUCAUUAAUUUAGUGCACAGUUAGACAAAAAAAAACAGGAGGGACAGCAGCCCUCCAGUGCCAGGAUUGGCAACCCCUGCUUUGAAGUGAACACGCUGCAACUAUCUGAACUAAACAGAAGAUCAUUCACAUCACCAAGCUCAGGAAGAAAUGCAAACACGUGUCGAUUUUUAUAGGGAAAAAGCAUAUAUGGUUAAUAUUUUUCAACGUGGUCUUGUAAGCAUUGCUUCACUCAACACUAGUUACAAAGUUUUGUGCCGAAGAUUAAAUAAAAUUGAACUGCGGCCACUAACCUCAAACUUACACUAAAUGAAUAAUGUUAAACAAAUUAGAAAAUAGAGGUUGCUUUUGUUUUUUAAACAGAGUAUACAUACAUACAUACAUACAUAACUCCAGUGUGUGUUAAGUGCUAUAAACUGUGUAGAGGGAGAAUUGUAUUUGUGUGUCUGUAUGCUUUAUAUGUCUGUCUUUAUUUAUAAGGAUGAUUUUGUUUCAUUUUGUAAUAAAAGAUUCUGUAAUUUA